AGAUUCACCGUCUACUCGGGAAGAUCCUGCUUUCUUCUGUAAAGGUCUGAGUUUCUGUGAAUACGUGGCCUGUCACACUUCAGGACACCCUCGAAUCGCCGAUUGCGCCUACCCGCCGCUAAAACGACUGCCACGAGGUGGCUCUUCACCUCAGAAGCGACGCAAGGUGUUGCAGGCGACAAUUACGCUCAGGGAACUGUUGGUAGCGAGCCAUUUUCCUUUGCGAGCUGUCACAAGUGGGCUCGCCUAUUACCGCCUAUCCGGCUUGCGGAGACGGCGAAGGCAAACGUCUAAUUCGCUAUCGGCACCGUCGUGGUAUAAAGCCCUUCUCUGCCCACCAGGAAACGUCGUUCCUCCGCGUCUUCCUAGGUCUCCACCUUGAUCCCCGCCCACGUCACUCUUUUCAGUCCUUACCCUUUGUCGCUCGUGAUCACGAUGAUGCACCUUAACUUCAUCCUUGCCGCUCUCGUUGCUGGUGCCUCCGCUGUGCCCAUAGACACUACGUCUCUCGCUUCCCUCACCACUUCUAUACAUGCCAACCCGGCUGAGCUGCGUUCUGUCAACAGCCCAUCGAGCGUCUUGAAUACUGUCACUGCUCCUCAAGUCAUUACAUCUGUGCCUGCUGCCGCCGCAACGUCCGCGAAGUCGGUCCCGAGUUCCAUAUGGCAACAACACGAACGCCGCGUCCUCGACUUCGACAGUGUCCGCCUACCAAAGACCUCCGUUGGCGCCGUACCUCUGCCUCCCUUUGGCAACGGCGACAAGACCAUCGCGGUGCGCGCGGCGACAGAUCCCGUGGGGAGCAUCCCCACCGUCAUCGUGCCUUUGCCGACCGCGACGCCCCCGAACGCUCACUUACCUCGCGCGGAUGCAGCUGCUGGCGUUUCCGUCUCUGCUGCUGAUGUCGAAACCGGCUGCGAGGGAGAGGUCAACGCAGAGCUCCACGCGCGUACCGUUGGUCUCUCGCGCACUGCGGCCGUCGUUCCUCGCCCACACACCACCGUAACCCUCAACAGCAUUAAGGUGCGCCAUGUCACUAUCCCGACUGGUGCCGCAAACGUGGUGGAUGUAGCCCCCAAGGUUACUGGUACGGCAGCCGCGGCUGUCCAUGCGUCUGCGUAUUUGAGUGCGGCGUGAAAGAUUGCGACGACGCUACUUUGAAUGGCGAAGACGAUCGGGUCGCGGACGGACGUCAUAAGCUGUACACACGCA